GAGAGCGGGUCUGAGCCCAAGAAGAUCAAGCCGGGCACGCCCAACAAGGACGCCGUUGUCCGCGAUGAGGACAUGACGGAGGGUGGGCCACCGAGUUUCGCCACGCCGCAGCGGGCGCAGGAGAACGGAGGCUCGCAGUACAACUGGCCAGCCUGGCUAAGACCCGAGAACCUCAGAGAUGCACAAGGCCUUCGCCCGACAGAGCUGGGCUACAACCAGGGCACGCUUUGGGUGCCCGACCCCGUGCGGGAGAAAGCGGAGUACCAGAAGGCGCAGGGCCACAAUACCCCGAUGCUGAUGCAAUUCUGGAAGCUCAAAGCAAAGCAUUUUGACAAAGUGGCAUUAUUCAAGGUUGGGAAGUUCUAUGAGAUCUUCUACUAUGAUGCCUUCAUGGCUCAGCGCAUCUGCAAUCUGAAAUGGAUGGGUCAAGAGAAGAAGCCGCAUGUCGGUUUCCCAGAGAUGGCCAAGCAUGAGUAUGCCAGGCGCAUCGUCGAAGCUGGUUUCAAGGUGGUGGUGGUAGAGCAGGUUGAGCGUGUGGUGGAGACGAACCAGCGCAAGACAGAGGAGAAAAAUAUGGGCCCCACCUGUGUGGAGCGGGAUGUCUGUGAGGUGUACACGAAUGGCACCUUGGUAGAUCCCGAGCUCUUGGCGGGUCCCGGCUCUCGAUUCCUGGCCUACCUCUUCUUCGAGGGGAGCGGCCAGAGAGGUCUUGACUUUGCAGCUUGCUUGGUAGAUUGUGCAACUUCGCAGAUCCAGCUGGGACACUUCAACGAUGCUCCCGACCGCAACCGCCUGCGGACGAUGCUGGCACAGCUGCAGCCCAGUGAAAUCGUCUAUGACACCGCGAAUCUCCCCAUCGAAGUCAUGCAGCUCUUGAAACGACUGCCAUGCAGGCCACAGUUGUCUUCCCGAUCUGCCGGAGACUGCGGACUCCUCAACGCCCGGGAGAAGAUGAACAAGUACCGGGCCGCGCAUCCCAAGGCCUUCAGCCCAGCAGUUCAGGAGGUGCUGACGCAGGACAGUGCUGUCAUCGCAGCUGCUGGCAUCAUGGACUACCUGGAAGCGGCACUACUGGCAGAGAGGCUGCUCCCCUUUGCAACUUGGGAUGUCCUUGCAACAGCUGCCAAAACUCGCACGAGCUCCCAGCGGAUGAUUCUGGAUGCCACGGCUCUGUCUGCUCUCGAAGUGGUUGAGACUCUGGAAGGUGGGUAUGAAGGCUCCCUGCUGGCGUUCCUGGAUCAUACAAGCACGCCUUUCGGGUUCCGCUUGCUGAAGCAAUGGGUUUGUGCUCCGCUUCUCGAUCUGGAGGAUAUUCAGUCCCGCCAGGAGGCUGUGGAGUACUUCCUGCAGAAUGACGAGCUGUCCAAGCAGCUGAGAGCCUCCUUGAAGAAGUGCAUCGCGGGCGGGAAGAUCUCGAAGCUCCCGGUGGAUCUGGAGCGUGCGACCUCCAGGAUUUGGAGCUACGCCUUGCAAGCGGAACGCAAGGCGGUCAUGUACGAUGACAUCACAGCCCGACGCCUUGGACACUUUGUGGAGCUCAUGGAAGCAUACGAGCAAUGCUACCAGUUGCUGAGUACCGCCUUCCCCUUGAACGGAAAUCUGCCGGGUCGCCUUGCCCUGGUUGCAAAGCCUCAGAAGGCCGGCGGGAUCCUUCCGGAGCUCAUGCCCAUCAUCUCAAAGCUGCGUGGGAGCGUCGUGGAGGCCACCGGCAAGAACGGAGCCCUGAAGUUCCGGCCGCAGGAUGGGGCGGACCCUGUUUACGAUCAGAAGAGUCGUGAGAUUCACAUGGUGAAGUCUCAGCUUGACAAGGAGCUGCAGAGAGUCAAGGCAACCUAUCCGAAGGUGCAGUUCUGCUUCGUGCACCGGCUACCAGGUUAUCGCUACGAGGUGGAGUGCGAUGAACAUUCCAUGUCGGCGGCUGCACAGCGUAGCCUUGACAUUACUGGACGAGUCAAGGGAAAGGUUCGCUUCCACACUCCCCAGAUCAAGGAGCUCCUUGUGCAGCUCGAUCAGCUGGAGGACGAACAGGAAGACUGCAUCUUUCCCUUUCUGUCCAAGCUCUUCCGUGAGUUCCAUCUUCAUCAAGCACCCUUCCGCGCACUGGUGCGGUGCGUUUCGGAAGUGGAUGCAUUGCUGUCCCUAGCAGCAGCAUCCAAAGGUUUGCCGGGUGCCGCAUGCAGACCCGAGUUCCUGGCUUCGGAUGCCCGGUCGGCUGCCAGCAUCGAACUACGGACCUGCAGACACCCGGUGGUGGCUGCGAGGAUGGGCAGUGCCUUUGUUCCCAACGAUAUGGCCCUGAACGCGUGCGGGGUACCGGGGCUAUUGAUCGUGACGGGCCCGAACAUGGGCGGCAAGUCCACCGUCCUGCGCCAGACCUGCGUUGCCGUUUUGAUGGCGCAGGUGGGCUGCCGAGUAAAUGCACAGAAGUGCAGGCUCACUCCCGUGGACCGGAUCUUCACUCGUAUCGGUGCCUAUGAUGCAGUACUUGAGGGCAAGAGCACGCUGCUGACUGAGUUGGAGGACCGACGUGAGACGGCUGCCCUCCUGGCGCACGGGACGCCUCGAUCACUGGCUGUUCUGGACCAAGACGAGCUGGGUCGCGGAACUUCUACGUUUGAUGGGGCCGCCAUAGCGUCGGCGGUGCUGGAAGAGCUGAAGUGCCAUGUGCGAUGUCCCGUGCUCUUCGCCACUCACUACCACCCAGUUUCAAAGAAGGCAGCUGAAGACACCGCCAACGUGGCGCCGUUUCACAUGGCUGCAGCUGUUAACCAGGGAACCCACGAGAUGACAUUCCUUUACAAGUUCUUGCCUGGGCUGUGCCCAUCCUCUCAUGGACACAAUGUCGCGAAGAUCGCUGGGCUUCCCGAGAAGGUCUUGAUGGAGGCUCGGGCUCGCUCUGCCGAGUUCGAUGGCGCGGAAGUGUCCAGCGAGGAGGUUGAGCGGCUGGUGCAACUAGCUGCUCAGGAAGAUGUGGCUGCGCUGAAGGUGCGGGUGGUGCAAGAGAGCGGCUGUGAUGCCUCGGCAGCUUGGUCGGAAGCGCCUGAUGAGCCUCUGCCGUUGCCGCAGAUCGCCGGUCGAGUCCGACAGGGCGACCUCGGGGGUGACGUGUCGUGUAUCGCACCGGCCGCUUCACAGGGCAAGCUGCUCCAGGCCAUGCCACGGUUCAUGCAGACGAUGUCGCAAGAGGAUGGGCCGGACCUUCCGAUUAUUCUGCCGAUGGAAAGCAGUGGACAGCACUGCCUGGACGUGCUGACCUGCCUCUGUGCCAUCACGGCCGUGCUCUGCUUCUGCGGCAUCAUCGUCUGUGUGGUGAUGUUAGUUUUUAAUGAGACGAUGCCAUUUAUGUGCCCUUCUCACCACGUUGUCUGCCAGGCUUUGGAGCACUCGGCAAAUCCCCGCUUCCGAGCUACGGUUCUGGCGGUGUUCACCCUCAUGGUGGUCUGCCUGCCUUUGGCCUUGGCUUCGUGCCAGGGCCAGUGCAUAUGCUUGCGGGUGUUCUUGCGAGACGAUGGGCUCGUUUCCCAAAUGAAGCGCUGUCGUGAUGCCUGCUUCAAGCGCCUUCUGGCGGCGCCGUCGGAGAUCGCCAGGAGGCUGCGCUCUCUUCGCUCCAAGAAGCACGCGGCCCACGGCCGGGAUGGCCGCGUGCACCCGAGCCAGGAGGGGCCGAGGCAGCUUCCGACGGUCUGCUUCGGUGCUCAUGGUGCUCAGGACUUUAGCAACUUGGCCAUCGUUCCCGCUCCACAGCUGGCCCACACAGGCUCAAGAGCCAAGCAAGUGCUAGAAGGCUUCCCGAAACGCUGGCGCCAGAGUACGACAUUGCCCUUCCGCGAGCUGAUCGAACUCAGCCCUUCAGAGGGCGAGGGUGCCGAAGUUGCCGCCUUAGUUCUGAGUGACAGAACCUGGCACCGACCCCCGCGUUGCGAGCAGGUGCUCCGUAUUCAGAACUCCAAUGCCUGGGCAGCCUACACUGCCCGGAAAACUCAGCUCCUCUCCAGACGUAACUGGUCUGGUGAGGAGGAUCUCCCCCUGGCUUCUCCCGGCCGCCUGGAUUUCUGCACAGACGAGCUGGACAUCCGGCUCAACGAGCAGUUCCUUCUUUGUGGCACCACUGUCGAGCUUGCGGAGUAUGCGCAAGCCACGGGGGAGGUAGUGGCCAGCCACGAGUGCUCGCGGCACCAACUACAGCAAUCCCUGGGUGGCGGCAUCCACUUCUGCUACCAAGGCUUCAUCGCACAUGAGCAGGCAGCAGAUGCUGGGUACAGCCGCGACGGCCUCGCGAGCCCUUGGGCGGUCUUGGUUUGCCGCGUGCUGGUUGGCAGGCCAUUGCGACACAGCGGCCGCCGUGGCGGCCCGCGGCUCCAGCGCGACUGGGAAAGCGGCCGCUUCGGAAGCCUCCUCCUUGGCGAUGAGACCUGUCGCAUGGAGAUCUUCAUUCCACUGGAUGCCAUCGCAAGCGUUUACCCGGAAUAUGUGGUGAUCCUGCGGUAA